UUUGAACAGCCCACAGACUGUCACAGAGAGAAGCGGGAGGGAGAGAGAGAAAUGCAGAGGCAGCAGCGUUGGCAGCAGUAGCGGCGGCGCCGGCGUUGCUCCAAUCAGCCAGCUCCAGCCACUCCACCACCAGGCACCGAGCGAGGGAGAUCUCCGGCGACUCAGCGGGCACAGGGCUAGCCGGGACUCUCUCUUUGUGACCCCAGCCCGCCCAAGCACCCACCCAAAAGCGGACAGAGGAGCGAAGAAAGAAGAGCUCCAAUAUGGGAGGCAAACUGAGCAAGAAGAAGAAGGGCUACAAUGUGAAUGAUGAGAAGGCCAAAGACAAGGACAAGAAGGCCGAGGGGGCAGCUGCGGAGGAAGGGGAGGCUCCAAAAGAGAAUGAGCAGAGCCAGCAGACCACCACAGAGACCACAGAAGUGAAGGAGAAUAACCAGGAGGAAAAAGGUGACAAGGAUGCCAAGGCGGCUGCCAACAAGGCAGAAGAAAAAGAAGGGGAUAAAGAGAGGGCCGUGAGCCAGGAAGAGCCCAAGAAACCUGAGCCAGAAAAGCUGGAGACCGUCAUCGAUGCAAAGGUAGAGCCUCCGAAGAACAACAAGCAGCAGGCGCCCAAGCAGGAGGAGCCCAGCUCAGCCACUGCUGCUCCUCCAGCCAGCAGCGAAGCGCCUAAACCCUCUGAGCCCAGCGGUGAUGCAAAAGCUUCCCAGCCUUCAGAAGCCACAGCUACUAGUAAAGUAGAUGACAAGGGCAAGGAGGAAGGGGAAGCCAAAAAGACUGAGGCUCCUGCAGUACCUGCAGCCCCCCAAGAAACUAAAAGUGAAGUGGCCCCAGCUUCAGACUCAAAACCUAGCAGCAGUGAGGCUGCGCCUUCUUCCAAGGAGACCCCGGCGACAACAGAAGCACCUAGUUCUACUCCUAAGGCCUCAGAGCCUGCAGCCCCACCAGAGGAAGCGAAACCAUCUGAAGCUCUGGCGACUAAUUCGGAUCAAACCAUAGCAGUGAAAGAUUAAAUUGGACAGCCUCUUGGGAAACAAAACAACAACAACAAAUUAACCACUUUAAACAACCUGUGUCUUUUUUUUAUUAUUAUCUUUUUUUCCCCAGCUCUACUAACUCAUUUCAGAUCUGAAAUAACAAUAUGUUUUGCCCAGGAAAAAUAAAAAAAGGAAAAACAUCUUUUAAAAAAUUGGUUGUCCCAUUAAGUUGAGAGGGAGGGGGUGGGGUGGGGUGCUGGUUGUGGUGGAGGAGGGGGGGAUCCAAAUAGUAUUUUUGUGGGGGAAAUAUCUAAUAUACUUUCUGCCAACUUUACCAAGUCCUGUAUUUCAAUCAAUAGUUAAAAUGAGAAGACAACCCAGAUGUCUGAAAGUGCAGUACCUCUUUUUUGUACCUGAACUGCUGUAAAUGCACUCCACCAAUCUUUCGAUCUUUCCCUUUUUUCUUUUCCUCUAAUGAGGGUUUGGGAGUGAUGAUGUAAUUGAUGAUUCUGCCCACUGGGCCCAGUGCCACACCAAUCAGAUCUUUAUGAAAACAGUAUUUCCUGUGGGUUGUAUUUUUUAAAUUUUAUUUACAGCCUUUAUUUUGUAUUUUUUAUGCAGUGGAUGGAUGGCAGCUUUCAGACAAAACUCACGUAGCUGUCCACAUUUUUUCUCAAUGCCAAUCCUCUGAUUCUUCUUCCUCUCCAAAUAUUUUUGGGAGUUAAAAAAAUAUAUAAAAGCAUUCUCAUCCUACUUAGCCUACCUAGAUUUCUCAUGACGAGUUUAAUGCAUGUCCGUGGUUGGGUGCACCUGUAGUUCUGUUUAUUGGUCAGUGAAAAUGAAAAAAAAAAAGUCUGCAUUCAUUGCAGUUCCAGUUUCUCUUCCAUUCUGUGUCACAGACACCAAUACACCACUCAUUGGAAAAAAAAACAAAUGAAAAAGCAAAAUGUACAAUGGAUGCAUUGAAAUUAUAUGUAAUUGUAUAAAUGGUGCAACAGUAAUAAAAGUUAAAUAAUUUAAAAAACA